AUGGCGAAAUCACAUGGCAGCAAUGUUUCUCCUGCGCAACAGAAAGGAAGCAAGAAUGUUCAGACUGGACAUUCCCAGAAUAUGCUCACCUCAACCUUGACUAAAGGAAAUACAACAUAUGAUGAGUUUAAAUACGGAUUCCCAUCUGAUGGCUUAUCAACUGCAUCCAAUAAAUGGUGGGGAAGCAAUAGCCCCGAUGGUAAUGAAGGCCUCCGUGGGAAAGGAGCUAAGGCAGAGGAAGACAAAAAACCUCAGUCCGACAAAUUGGCAGAUGACAAUGCAAGUUCAAUAAUAGUGGACACAGAGAAACCCGAAAGUGGGAAAGAGGAGAACAUUAGUCCCCAAGGAACAGAUUUGUUGGUGUCUGUGAGAAGAAGAGCUGCGGAAGAAAACCAAAAAGCACUUGAGCUUGGUGCUUUCCGGGGUUAUGGCGCAAAGAAGCUAGGCAGAAGAGAGAGGAAACUGCUUCUCCGAAUAUUCAAAUCUUCGACUCCAAAACAAUGGAUACAUGACUCCUCUUAG